UCCACCGCCGUCUUUAAUCCCGUCGCUACUACCUAAAACAGAACGCGAUUUGGGGAAAAUCAAAUGGCCACGCGACCAUCUCUAUCGCUCGUCGCCGUCUUCCUCCUCCUCCUCUUCGCCGCCGCUUCGCCCGAUUGCGACGCCCUCUCUCUUCCCUUCAACUCUUCCUUCUUUGUCCUCUACAAUUCCUCCACCCUCGCUCCCCCGCCGCCCGAUUCGCCCCCUGGCCCGGGCCCGGGCCCUUUCCUGAGGGAGGUGGUCCGAGCGCUCGUGGAUAGGGAUUUUUGGGAACCGGAGGCGAAGGUGAGGGUUGUCGAUUUGGGUGGAGGGGGCGCCAGGGUCGGCUCGAGACAGAAAUACCAAUUCCACGUCCGAGUCGGCCGGAGAGCCCUGAUAUUGAAGUUCUACGAUGAGGACGUUGAGUGGAACGAGGUGGAUGGCGCGGUUAUUGAGUUUGGAUCGGAUGUGGCCGCUGGGGAUGCUGUGGCAGGCCUCAGGCCGACCGUCAGGGGAUUCGAAUUGAUUGGACCGCUUGAACUCAGAGUCGGCAGUGAUGUAGGCGAUGAUGAUCGGAUGUCACUUCAUUUGACAUCGUCAAACGUCACUCUCAGUGAUAUAAGGCACAUAAAUAUUGGCCGUGGCAUCAAGGUGAAAAUAGAGGGUGCUGAAGGAAUCUCUCUGACUCAUCCUUAUGAUAUUGGACUUUCACUUAAUGGAAGCUUAACUUCUCGCGUUGAAGACCAUAGUGAGUUUUGGGAACUUGGCUACUCCACAUGUGCACCUCUUCUGACUGUCAAUGUCAUAGGACCAGCAUCUGUGUUGGCUUAUAGCUCUGAUAAUUCUUUGGAAAACAUAGAAGUUGCAUUCCGAGCCAAUGAUACUAUUGACUUGCUACCGGUAAGAUGUUACAGAGAAGACCAUGCAAAACAGAUUUCAUCUUGUUCAUUUUGCGCCGUCAGUUCGAAGUUGGGUCUGUUAGACAAACUCCUGAGAGGCUUUUUAGGCAGCAUGUCCUACCACAACACAUCCAUACGCUUUACCAAAGCAAAGAUUACUUCUGAGAUUGUAGUCAAGUUCCAGUUGCAGAUCGAGAACGAUGUCAGCAAUGACAACGGGAAUUCAGAGAAGGUAUCAAACUGGAAACAGAAACCAAAGGUUAACCAAGUGUGGUUGGAAACUACAGCCAGAGUGGAAGGGGAAAGAAAGCUACGGCCUGUGCUUGUCAAGAAUCUGAAGAAGCCUUAUAUCAUCGCAGAUUCUAUUUCUUGGAGCAGCCUGCUCUCCAACAUUUCAUUCACAAAUUUGCCUUCUCUUGUUGUACCUCCUGAGGCUCUCACAUUGGAUGUGAAGUGGUAGGGAGGGAGAUGUACAGUUCCUGUUUAUUGUAUUUUAAACUUCAGUGGCAGCAGAAAAGGUUUUAAAUUUAAAAAAAAAAAACAAAAUGUUUUAUUUUAUGAUUUAUGUUUUAAGUUGAAUUGGAUCCUCUA